GAAGGUGGAGAGCUGCGGCGGGCCGAGACUUUAAAUCGCCUUCAUUUCCCCCAAAUCCUUCCUUUUCCUCUCCUCCCCCAGGCCGGCGGGGAGGCAGCUUCCACCGCCCUCCGCGCGGGCUCGCCCGGCCUUGCUUUGCCUCCAGGGACCGCUAGCGGCCCACCUCCAAAAGUUUGAUCAUCUCUCUCUAUCUCUCUCUCUGCCUUUUCUUGCUUCUUCCUUUUUGGUGGAAGCAGAAAAAGAGAGGCAGGGGCGAGCGCGGCUGCCGGACUCCUGGGACCAUGGGCCUGGCGCGGGCGCCCGCGGGGCUGAGGCCGUGCCGUUCGCCUGCUCCGGCGCCCCUGGGCGCAGGGCUGCGCUGGGGGUGCGCGGGCAGCGCGCUCUGAGCCGGCCUGGCGCGGCGCGGCGGGGGGCUGGCGGCCCCAUGGGGCGCGCCCACACUUGCCCCCCGGGCUCGGGAGUAUGAAGUAGGGGCCUGCCAUGGGCAAGGGAUCGGCGCGGGGGGCCCGAGGCACAGCGGCGGCAGGACACGGGGGGGGGUUUCUCUUCGCCUGGAUCUUGGUCUCAUUUGCCUGGCAUCUGGCCUCCACCCAAGGAGCUCCUGAAGAUGUGGAUGUCCUCCAGCGGCUGGGCCUCAGCUGGACGAAGGCCGGGGGUGGCCGGAGCCCCGCACCCCCCGGUGUUAUUCCUUUCCCAUCUGGCUUCAUCUUCACGCAGCGGGCCAGAUUGCAGGCCCCCACAGCCACAGUCCUUCCCACCACCCUGGGCUGGGAGUUGGCGCUGGUGUUAAGCCUCUGUUCGCACCGCGUGAACCAUGCCUUCCUCUUCGCCAUCCGCAGCAGGAAGCACAGGCUGCAGCUGGGCCUGCAGUUCCUUCCCGGCAGGACACUCGUCCACCUGGGUCCCCGGCAAUCUGUGACCUUUGACCUGGAUGUGCAUGAUGGGCGCUGGCACCACCUGGCCCUAGAGCUGCGUGGCCGCACGGUCACGUUGGUGACCGCCUGUGGGCAGCACAGGGUACCUGUCCCACUGCCUUCCCGUAGGGACUCUACGCUUGACCCCCAGGGCUCCUUUCUCUUGGGGAAGAUGAACCCUCGUGCUGUCCAGUUCGAAGGUGCACUCUGUCAGUUCAGCAUCCAUCCCGUGGCGCAGGUCGCUCAUAAUUACUGUGCCCACCUGAGAGAGCGGUGCCGACAGGUGGACACAUAUGGUCCCCAGGAGGGAGCCCUCUUCCCCUGGGACUCGGGCCCAGCUUUUGCUUUGCAUCCUGAACCAGCCUUGCUUGGCCUGGGGAACCUGACCAGAGCCCCAGCAACCCUGGGGACCAGGCCUGUAGGCAGGGGACCCAUGGUGACUAUGGCUCCUGCCAUGCCCACCAAGCCCCUGAGGAUUGUCUCCCCAGAUGUCUCCCAACACAACUCUGCCCAGACACCACUGGCACCUGCCAAGCAGUCAGCCAGGAAAACACCUUUCCCCUCGCCUUCAGCUUCUUUGGCUGGUUCCACCAGGAUUUUUCAUCCAGCUGCUGCCCAACCACUACAGAUCACAGCCACUAGUCCCACCACGCGUCCCCCCACCACGCGUCCCCCCGCCAAACCUUCUGCUUCUGCCCCUUCAGUCACCCCUGUGAAAAGUCCCCAUCCAACUCAGAAAACAGCCGUCCCUUCAUUCACAAAGCCUGUCCUACCCACCCAGAAGCCAGUGAACCGCACCUCCCACCUAGCACCUUCCAGAGCCUCAGGUCCCACUGUCAGGCCUGUCCAGAAGACCCUCGUGACACCCCGACCUCUAGCACCCAGCCCCCGGCCCCUGCAACCCACUGCUGGUGUAUCGAAGAAGUCUACUAUUCCCACAGCAGCAGAGGCUAAAUCCAAGAUGACCAGUCGGGCCAACAAGCCAGUCUUGGCUCUCACCAGUGCCCCUAAAACUCUUCAGCAAACUGUUGUGUCCCAGUCCCCUGUUCCCUUCCUGGGCUCUACGAGAGCCUCUCGGACACUGGCUACAGCCCCUGCUCUGCUGGGCACUGGAAAUCCUAGAAUGGCUCCUCCCGCUCGUGACUCUGCUACAACUCCUGCUGGAAGCAAGAAAUUCACAGGGCUGGAAGCCUCCAAGAAAACCAGACGGAAGAGCAGCCCCCGGAAGCCCAUGCCGCCCAGCCCUGAGAAGACAGCAAGGGACACCCCACCAAGAGACCUGACCACCAAGUCCAGCCAGCUGUCUUCCCCAGCCCUGGUCCUUGCCCCGGCUCACCUCCUGUCCUCCAGCCCCCAGCCCACCAGCAGCAGCUUCCCUUUCUUCCACCUGCCUGACCCUACACCUUUCCCGAUGCUGAUGGGGCCUCCAGGCUCCAAGGGAGACUGUGGCUUGCCGGGUCCCCCUGGGCUGCCGGGAUUACCUGGAUCUCCCGGUGCACGAGGUCCUCGGGGUCCUCCUGGGCCAUACGGGAACCCAGGCCCACCUGGCCCGCCUGGAGCCAAAGGACAGAAAGGGGACCCGGGACUCUCACCAGGACAGGCUCAUGAUGGGGCAAAGGGCAACAUGGGCUUGCCUGGGCUCUCCGGAAAUCCAGGACCCUUGGGACGGAAGGGACCCAAGGGCCAUCCUGGAGCAGCAGGGCACCCUGGAGAACAGGGCCAGCCGGGACCUGCGGGCAGUCCAGGGGCCAAAGGUUACCCUGGCAGGCAGGGGUUCCCUGGACCUGUAGGAGAUCCUGGCCCCAAAGGCAGCCGGGGCUACAUUGGACUCCCGGGACUCUUCGGCCUGCCGGGAUCGGAUGGAGAGCGGGGCCUCCCUGGUGUUCCUGGCAAGAGGGGCGAGAUGGGUAGGCCGGGCUUCCCUGGAGACUUUGGGGAAAGAGGCCCUCCUGGACUUGAUGGGAACCCUGGAGAAAUUGGUCUGCCAGGGCCACCAGGAGUCCCCGGCCUCAUUGGUGACAUGGGAGCAUUGGGUCCACUUGGCUACCCGGGACCCAAAGGCAUGAAGGGACUGAUGGGCGGCGUGGGGGAGCCCGGACUGAAAGGUGAUAAGGGUGAACAAGGGGUCCCAGGUGUGUCGGGAGAUCCCGGCUUCCAAGGAGACAAGGGGAGUCAGGGCUUGCCAGGGUUCCCAGGUGCUCGAGGGAAGCCAGGGCCUCUGGGCAAAGCUGGAGACAAAGGCUCACUUGGGUUUCCUGGACCUCCUGGUCCUGAGGGUUUCCCAGGAGACAUUGGCCCCCCAGGGGACAAUGGUCCUGAAGGCCUGAAGGGUAAGCCUGGAGCCCGAGGCCUGCCUGGACCCCCUGGGCAGCCGGGACCUGAGGGAGAUGAAGGACCCACGGGGCCGCCAGGAGUCCCAGGCUUGGAGGGUCAGCCUGGAAGGAAGGGGUUUCCUGGGAGGCCUGGCCUGGAUGGUUCGAAGGGAGAACCAGGGGAUCCUGGACGGCCGGGGCCUGUGGGUGAACAGGGAUCCCAGCCUGCUUCUGGCACGGGAAGAAUGCUCGGCUCCCAGGGUUGCUGGCAGCGGCCCCACUGCUUGGCUCUCAAAUCUGAACCAUCUGGCGGAGUGGUGGGGAGAAGCAGCUCAGAGGCUAUGCUCUUCCAUGGCAGUCCCAGCUGUACAGGACUUAUGGGAUUCAUUGGUCUGAUCGGGGAGCCUGGAAUCGUGGGGGAGAAGGGAGACCGUGGAGUGAUGGGACCCCCAGGCGCACCUGGACCCAAGGGGUCGAUGGGCCAUCCUGGAACGCCAGGUGGUAUUGGGAACCCUGGAGAGCCUGGAUCCCGGGGCCCUCCAGGAUCUCGAGGCCCGCCAGGCAUGAGGGGAGCCAAGGGGCGCCGGGGCCCCCGAGGACCUGAUGGACCAGCUGGGGAGCAGGGGUCGAAGGGCCUGAAGGGCCGUUCGGGACCUCGGGGCAGACCUGGUCAGCCAGGACAGCAGGGUGCAGCUGGGGAGCGAGGCCACUCGGGCUCAAGAGGCUUCCUUGGCAUCCCUGGUCCCUCAGGCCCUCCAGGUGCCAAGGGUCUCCCAGGAGAACCGGGCUCUCAGGGACCUCAGGGGCCAGUUGGUCCUCCAGGAGAGAUGGGACCCAAGGGGCCGCCGGGUGCAGUGGGAGAGCCUGGCCUUCCUGGGGACUCCGGGAUGAAGGGUGACCUUGGACCUCUGGGCCCCCCUGGGGAGCAGGGCCUCAUUGGGCAGCGGGGAGAGCCAGGCCUUGAGGGAGACCUUGGCCCCGUGGGGCCCGAUGGGCUGAAGGGGGACAAAGGUGACUCAGGACCUGACGGUGAACGUGGUGAGAAGGGCCAGGAGGGACUGAAAGGAGAGGAUGGGCUCCCUGGGCCCCCAGGCGUCACUGGCGUCCGGGGUCCUGAAGGAAAGCCUGGCAAGCAGGGUGAGAAGGGCCAAAUGGGAGCUAAGGGUGCCAAGGGCUACCAAGGACAGCUGGGGGAGAUGGGCAUCCCCGGAGAGCCUGGGCCUCCUGGCACCCCAGGUCCUAAAGGGUCCCGGGGCACCCUAGGACCAAUGGGUGCUCCAGGACGGAUGGGAGCCCAAGGAGAGCCAGGAUUGGCUGGCUAUAAUGGACACAAAGGCAUCACAGGACCUCUCGGGCCUCCCGGGCCCAAAGGCGAGAAGGGGGAGCAGGGAGAGGACGGCAAGGCCGAGGGGCCCCCUGGGCCACCUGGAGACCGGGGUCCUGUGGGUGAUCGAGGAGACCGGGGGGAGCCAGGCGACCCUGGAUACCCUGGUCAAGAGGGAGUCCAAGGCCUCCGUGGAAAGCCGGGCCAGCAGGGCCAGCCCGGGCAUUCCGGACCCCGGGGGCAGCCAGGACCUAAAGGAUCAAAAGGCGAAGAGGGCCCAAAGGGAAAGCCUGGCAAGGCUGGGCCAUCAGGCCGGAGGGGGACUCAGGGGCUGCAGGGGCCGCCAGGGCCCCGGGGCGUGGUAGGGAGACAGGGCCCCGAGGGCAUUGCUGGACCUGAUGGGACUCCUGGCAGGGAUGGCCAGCCAGGAUAUCAGGGAGAGCAGGGAGAUGAUGGGGCCCCUGGCCCCAUGGGUCCUGCUGGGAGAAGAGGAAACCCAGGUGUGGCUGGCUUACCUGGAGCACAGGGGCCUCCGGGAUUCAAGGGUGAAAGUGGGUUACCUGGGCAACUGGGUCCCCCUGGAAAGCGAGGAACAGAAGGUGGAACAGGCCUUCCUGGGAACCAGGGGGAGCCAGGAGCCAAAGGCCAGCCGGGUGACUCUGGCGAGAUGGGCUUCCCAGGAGCGGCUGGCCUCUUUGGACCCAAGGGCCCCCCUGGAGACAUUGGCUUCAAAGGCAUCCAAGGCCCCCGGGGGCCUCCUGGCUUGAUGGGAAAGGAAGGUAUCAUUGGGCCCCCCGGAAUGCUAGGACCUUCAGGACUCCCGGGUCCCAAAGGUGACAGAGGCAGCCGAGGGGACUGGGGACUGCAAGGCCCAAAGGGUCCUCCUGGUCCGAGGGGUCGGCCAGGUCCACCGGGUCCUCCUUGGCAUCCUGUCCAGUUUCAGCAAGAUGACCUUGGGGCAGCUUUCCAGACAUGGAUGGAUGCUCACGGAGCAAUCAGAUCAGAGCAGGGGUACAGCUAUCCGGACCAGCUGGUGCUGGACCAGGGAGGAGAGAUCUUCAAAACCUUACACUACCUCAGCAACCUCAUCCAGAGCAUUAAGACGCCCUUGGGCACCAAGGAGAAUCCAGCCCGGGUCUGCCGGGACCUCAUGGACUGUGAGCAGAGGAUGGAGGAUGGUACCUACUGGGUAGACCCCAACCUCGGCUGCUCCUCUGACACCAUUGAAGUCUCCUGUAACUUUACACACGGUGGGCAGACGUGUCUGAAACCCAUCACGGCCUCCAAGGUGGAGUUUGCUGUGAGCCGGGUCCAGAUGAAUUUCUUGCACCUGCUCAGCUCUGAGGGGACACAGCACAUCACAAUCCACUGCCUGAACCUGACAGUGUGGCAGGAGGGCCCAGGGCGCCUCUCUGCCAGGCAAGCCGUGCGCUUCCGUGCCUGGAAUGGACAGGUCUUCGAAGCUGGGGGUCAGUUCAGGCCAGAGGUGUCUGUGGAUGGCUGCAAGGUCCGUGAUGGCCGCUGGCACCAGACACUGUUCACCUUCCGGACCCAGGACCCCCAGCAGCUGCCCAUUGUCAGCGUGGACAACCUCCCACCUGUCUCAUCAGGGAAGCAGUACCGCCUCGAAGUCGGACCUGCGUGCUUCCUCUGACCUCCGACCUCUGACCUCCAGGCUCCUCUAAGCCUUGCUGGGGAGGGAAGAGGCGGGGGGGGGGGGGCGUCUAGUCCCAGAAGAUGCGGGACUCUGCCUCAGGACCCUGGUGCAGGUCCCAACUGUUAUCUGCUCAGCGGGAGUUGAGAGAGGGUAGCAGGCUGUCCUGGAGAACUGCCAAUCCCAGCUUAGCCCCAACCAAAGAGCCAGUCAGAGCAAGCAGGGCUUGCGGCCCACUCCAGCCCAUGGCCUGUUGCCCAGCUCCGUAGACACCCCCUCCCUCCCCAACUUCCUGCCCAAAGAGUCCCUCCCCCGUUGAUGCCACCUCAAGGGAAGGGGGCGUGUUGUCGGCUGGUCCCUGUUAGGGGGCUUUUGAUGUGCAAUAUUAGAAAGGAGAUAUGAAAAAAAAAUAGAGGAGAAAAGGAGAGAAAGAAAUCUAUCUAUUAUAUAUAUAUAUUAUUUAAACAAAAAGAAGGUGUGUUACUAUUUUUUUCACCUGGGAGAGGUGAGGAAGGACAAGAGGAGCUGGGGGUGUGGAGAGGCUGACCCCCAGGCUGGGGUGCUGUGUGCUACCUCCCACUGUGAAAUCGCUGGUGCUCACAAUUGUCUCUCGUAAUGUAUGUGAUUUUUUUAAGAAGAAAAAAAAAACCUUAUUUAAGAUUCUGAAGGUGCUACUAUUUUUGUUGCCACAGGCUUUGAAGAAACGUUUUGAGUGGGGCCUUGUCCAUAAUCUUUCUCUCCUCCAAAUGGGGAUUUAACAAUGUUACUAGCGUUACCCCCGUAAUCUGCUGAGGAGGAAAAAAAGGAAAAAGAAAAAAAGAAAAAAAAGAAAAAAAAAGAAACAGAAAAAAUCCUACUAGAAACCAGAAGUAUGGAGAUUUCUGCUUCUGACCUUUGAGGAGGCGUUCUGACGAGGUCCUCCUUGCUCCUGGAGGGGUUUGGUUCCCUUUAGAAGACCCGACCUGGGAGAAGACUCCUCGGAUUUGAGGAAGAUGCUCCUCAGCAAGGGCUGAUCUGGAAGGUGAACUGUAAAUGCUGACCAUCUCUGAAGACCAAGGUUUCCCUCCCAGGAGCUCAUCUUCCGAAUGCAGCCAACCUCCCUGCUUUCCCAGAUUGCACAGCUGUGUAGAAACCCACAUCCUUUCCCCAAGCGCCUAUUUGGGUGGAGGAGGAAGGAUGAGUUAUGGGUACCUCAUCGGUCUCCAUAACAGCGAUCUUCCAUGCAACCUAAAUAAGUCGGGACCCUAAAUGGAUUUUGAAGUUAUUUUAACUAUGGAAUUAUUUUUAUAGAAGGAGGAUUGAUGUCAAAGUCUGUAUUUGUGUGUUUCUAAAGUUGUGUCUUGUGAGGAAUUGGAUUUGCUUUCCAUUAUUUAAUACCUCACUCCCACCCUCUCCCCCAGACGCUGCCUGUGUACCCCUGCCCGCCCCACCCCAGGCUAGAUGUGCGUUUUGUCAUUCGGUCCUCAUCUGCACGCUGUUUCCUGUUUCCUCUCUGUGUCUCUCGUCACCGGAUGUGUAUUCACUGUCGUUCUUCUGUUUCUGUCUAAAUGUCAGUGUGUCCAGACCCUCAGUGGGUUUCGUUUCUCAUGUUCCCUUCUGGACUUUAAAUAAAUAUUUAAAACUGA